CCCUGUGUUUCUGUGCUUGGCCUGAGAAACUACAGCUCUACCUCCAAAGCUACUUGUGUCUGUGCCACUUGUGUGGAUUGCAGCUAUGGGAGGAAGAGCAGCCAUCCCAAUGAAAAUUAAAGGAUCUCUCACGUAAGGCUCUGGAAAACUCCUCUACCUGUUUGACAAACUGAAGAUUUCAAGUGCCAAGGUGAUAGCAAUGAAUAGUGUGAAGGCAAAUACCCUGGUGCAUUUAUACAAGCAGCUGAAAACUAUAUGGAGUCCACCAGCAGUGCCAGCACGACUCUGCAGUCUGGCCGCCUGCGCUCAUAAAAACAGGAAUGAUGCAUUGCAUCCACUUUGGCAGAGUCCGCUUACAAUUCCUGGGGGCACCCGACAGUCUCCUAUCAAUAUCCAGUGGAGAGACAGUGUUUAUGACCCCUUUCUGAAGCCUCUGAAAAUCAGCUAUGACCCAGCAACAUGUCUUCACAUCUGGAACAAUGGAUAUUCAUUCCUGGUUGAGUUUGAUGAUUCUACUGAUAGAUCAAUAAUCGUUGGAGGUCCCUUGGAAAACCAAUACAGGCUAAAGCAGUUCCACUUCCACUGGGGAGCCAUAAAUGAGUGGGGUUCAGAGCACACAGUUGACAGUAAAUUUUACCCGGCAGAGUUGCACUUAGUACACUGGAAUGCCGUUGUGUACCCAACUUUUGAAGAAGCUGUAAUGGAAGGUAACGGCUUAGCCGUUAUUGGAGUGUUUUUAAAGCUAGGAGAACAUCAUGAAGGGCUUCAGACACUGGUUGAUGCCUUGCCAGCAGUUAAACACAAGGACACCGUUAUCGAGUUUGAUGUCUUUGAUCCCUCCUGUUUGAUACCUUCAUGCCCUGAUUAUUGGACCUACGCGGGCUCUUUGACUACUCCCCCACUUACUGAAUCAGUCACAUGGAUUAUUAAGAAGAAGCCAAUAGAGGUUGAUGAGAACCAGCUGGAGGCAUUUCGGAUGCUGCUUUUCACUUCAGAUGGUGAAGAAGAAAAGAGAAUGGUAGACAACUUUCGCCCACUUCAGCCAUUAAUGAAUCGAACUGUGCGUUCAUCCUUCCAAAGCAGGCAUCUCUUGAAUACCGAAGUACAGCCCAAGGACCACGCUGAGCAGAUCAGGCCAUAGAUGGCCCAUGAAAUGGCAGUUCAGACUGCAGUACCUGGAUAUAACAGAUGUUAUUUUUUAAUUAUUAUUUUUCCCUUUUCCGCAGUGUGUGUAUGCCAUACGAUUUCACAGCCAGCCAGUUUUACUUCUGCUAAGUGCCAUUUAACCUCCAGUAGAGAAGCUGUGGAAUUUUUUUAGUUUUGUUUUUUUAAAGAAGUAAAUAAUAUUAACUCUUAACAAAUUGACUUGCUUCAAAGCAGGGAUCAGUAAGGAAUUAUUUUGACAGUAAAAGGAAAAAUAAGGGCAGGAGAUCUCUUCCUGAAUUGUUCUGUGUCUCUUCAACUGCUCUUUCAGUGACUUGCAUGAAUUCAUAAUCCCAACUAAAACAUGGAAGCAGGAGGUGUGAAGAAGUGAAAAGUAUUAAUACUGAUCAGGUCCUUUUGUGGAAUUCAGAGGUUUGGGAAGUGAACUAGCUUCUCUACGCACAUAUAUAGACACAUUUAUUCUUCUUCCUUUUUCCUUGGUGCUUAGGAUGACAAGAGGAGAAGGGAAAAAAUGACUUGUAGAAUCUAAUCUCUUUCCAUUCCUUUGCACGAUCCAUGUUUGAUAUGGAUGUCACAGAACGUCCACUCUGUCUACACCACAAGCCAGAAGACUUUUUCUAGAACCUUAUAACAAGUGUAGAAGCUUUUAGCUUUGGCAGCUUUUACUUUUCUGUAUUAAUAAUGUGCCAGGAGAAGAGAGCAGAAGAGAAUUCACCAGUAUCUCAAGACUGGCAAGAACAGCAAAUUAGGUGAAAAUGUCCAAUUGAUCCCAGGAAAUUGAACACAUCAAAGGAAGGUGAAAUUAGAUAAGCCCCAGCUGGCCUUCCCAAUGGGAUUUUUGGGGAAAAAAAAUAACAGCAAUUUCUGAAACCUAAUUCAGUGCUAGGAGAGUAUGGACAAAGCGCAGCAUUCACAUACUUGCCAGAUUUUUUUUUUUUUUUUUCAGUAACUCAGAGUACCAGUGCACUCUCUUCAAAGUUUUGUCUUUGUACUUAUAAAAAGAGUUACCUAGCUUCACGAAACUGGGGACCAGGUUGUAUUGUAGCACCUUAUGGUAAUAGAGAAAUGGUGGUUGAAACUUAUUUGCGGACCAGACAAAAUUGUUUGUAAGCUGCCUGCUGUGGAGCCUUAUCCUAGAGUUAUGGUCCAAUUGCCACAAGUAUUAUCUACCUCUGAAGCAUACUACUACUAGCCAUAACUUCCUCUCUAGCACCUUUCUCACCGGCUUUUUAUGCUUUACUGUAUUUAACAGUGUGCCCGUGCAUGCAAUUCACAUACCAAAUAUGUGGUCAGAUUUUCUGAGGAGGAGCAGGUUUGUCUGUAAACUCAUGAUGUGAUCUUGAUUGAUUGUAUUCGAGGAGUUUUCUUGGAGAACAGAUGUUACCUGGUCUGCCUCUGCCAGUAAGCAAGGUCAUUGGUUGCUGGUGUGAUUCAGCACAAAUGAUGCCAGGACACUAGCUUGUCAAUGCUAAAUGCAGAAUUUUAGAAUCGAUACUUUUUUUUUUUAAGUCCAAGUGUUCAGUUUAAAAGCACUUUAAUACUUUUUAUUAUGAUCCUGAUGAUUUUAAGGCUUUUGAAUAUUUUUGUUUAACCAAUUAAGUGCCCAGGUCCUGCCUUUGCUGCCUUAAUAGCUCUACCUCAGGCAUUUCAACAGUUGUGCCUUUCUCUGUUGGCAAUUGGAAAUGUGCUCACUUUACCAUGUAGAAUCACUCUAAGGUUAAUACAAGGAAAUCUCUCUUCUCUCCCAGUGUAGUAUAAUUAUCUUUUCGGUGUAGUAUAUUCAACACAGUAGUGUAUGCAUCUUUGGUUUCCUUACCUCUCCCAAGUCCUUACUGCUCAGUUGAAUUUUACCACCUUGGUUGAACUCAGAUGAACUAUACAAUCUAUAUCAACUUAGUUCAACUGAGAUGGUAUAGUUCAACCACACAGUGUUUGGCAUCAUCAACCAGAUUUUUUUUUUUUUUUUUACUAUGUUUCUGCUCUGCAGAACCAUAUCAGUGAUGGUUUUGCCAGAGAAUGACAGGUUCCAAAAUAAUUUUGAAAGGGAUAUCUACAGUUCUGGCAAUAGGAAAAAAAAUUCUUUUACUUUCCGCCUGAAUCUAUGUGAUCUAGUCAUUGUUAAGCUUGAGGUUUUCGGGCAGUGCUGUUCUUGCAAACACAUUUCUGAGGAGGACCCUGUGGGAAGAUGGCAAUGAUUCAGAACUGGCAUGUAUCUUGUCUAUCUUUGAGAUUUUUGCUCCUCAUUAUUAGCAGUUAGGAAAAACUGUAAUAUAAAGACAUUUUAAUGUUACCUUCACAUUUAAAAAUACAAGUGACUCAGCAGCACUGAGCUAGCUAUAGGUAGCCUGCAUCAAUAUCCCUGUCAUAUAUGAAUGGGUCUUUUAAAAAGCUUCGUGCAAUUGCUCAAAGUUUUUUUAGUUGCCUUGGUAAUUUUCACCAAGUUUUUGUGUACUUUUGAUCCACUGAACUUGUUUUGCUAGUUAGCAUAGCUUUCCUAGCACAUGCAAAUACAAAAUACAUAUUUUGUUCUUGGGGAGCUACUGUAGUGUAAAUAUUUCAUCUUCAGGUGCUUCGUAAUGCCGUAGUAUGCUCAUACCGAACUGAGUUCUCAAUGGUUAGGUUUGCUCCACUGAACCAAAUUUUCUUCCUAGGUGUGUAAAUCUCUUCUUAACAUGCUUACCAUCAUGCAUCCAUCAGAGAUGAUGUUGCAUAUCUUCUAUUUUCAGUGAUCUAUUUAAAAUUCUCGUAGAGAUUUACUUACUUUGUUAAAGUAUUGUCAUGGCAGUUUUGUUAAGUUUUGUUAGAGAAUAGGUAGUAUAUUAUCCAGUCAUACAGUCAAUAAGGUACUCCAUACGUAUUUGUAUAAACUCACAUCUAAGUAUACUGCCAUAAAAUUAAUCAAUUUCAGCACUGAUUGUUUCAAAUAUCUGGAAAGAGGGUCAAUGUAGAAAAAAUUACUACAAAAAUAAGCUUUACAGGAAUUUUCUGUUACAGUUAUUUUGCUGGUUUUUGAGUCUUGCAUUUAUGUGUUAGUGUUUUAGCAUCUCUGGUUAAGGCAGGCAGUAUCUCAGUUGCAGGGUGGAUUGUCAUUGAAAUUAGCAGUCUGGAAAUAAAGGUUUUUUGGGUUUGUUUUUUAUUUUAACUUUUAUGUUACAAUGAAUGUAUUGGUCUUGCAAAAGCUAACUUCAAGAAAAAUAAUUCUAAGAAAAAUAAUUUUGUGUCCCUGCAUGUGUAUGUAAAACAGGAGGUGGGAUAUAAUUCUUUUGCCUUAUUCUCUCAGUUGUGUGGGGAGAAAAACAAUUUGAUUGUUGGACUAGAGGUGAUAUUUGUAAUGAUUUUGCACAACUAAGUUAAACUCUUUGAAAGGUGUCUGCACAGGAAUCUUUACGCUCUUCUUUUAGGUGGUACAAUACGAAAGGGUCCAAGCACACGUUUGUAUUUGUCCUUGUAUAGUAGUCACUUCUAUUACUUAAUACUGUACUGGGAGAUGUUCCUGUGGCAAUAAGUACUAGGAGUUAAAGACUGUAAUAGAAAUAAUUUUGAGGACAGCUUACUGAAAUGGGAGUACAAGUUUUUGACAGUAGAUUUGCACCCAUGUUGGUCUGAAUUCCAGUUGCCUUUUGAUAUUUCUGUUAAAUAUCGCUCUUAUCAGAAGUCUCUCUCUUGGUGGCUUCACAGUUUGAACAACUUCAUUUGGCAUUUGAGUGUUUGAACUGUAUUUCUACAUUCCAGAACUUUCACACCAGUGCAUUUCAGGUGUAUGCUGCCAUUGCAUAUACCUGACCAGUCUCUUCUUGUUGUCUUCUGUCGUGGAUGGCUUGCGUUGGUGUUUCUACAGCAGGUCUGACAGGAGUGUAUCUUUGGGCUUCAAAAGCUACAGAAAUGGAGAUUACUUUGAUCUCAUGAAAAUCUACUGGGUUUUAGAGCACUGGAAUCCUACACGGCUUACUUUUGAGGAAGGGUCUCUUUUUCUGCUCAACUUCAUAGUCAAUAAUAUUUGCGUUAAAAUUUCAAUGCCUUAAUUUUGAAUGUCUUAACUUGUAUUUCUUGGCACAUCUUUGUUUUUUCUUUGUGCAUCUUGUUUUUGUGGCAGUUAUUACAUUGUGUAUUUUAAUGUAUGUUAUCUGCCUAAUCAUAAUUUACUGAAAUAAUUGUCUUUGCAGACAAUAUAUGUAACAGGGAAUGCCUUUUGUUCUCCUAGGAUACAGGCCUUUUCCUCAGUUUUUACUGAUGUAAGGAGACUUCUAGCUGCUGGAUUUAAAACUGUUAAACUAGCGUGCAACUAUGCAAUAAAGAAACAUAGAGAAACCUA